ACCCAAAUCAAUCAAUCCAUCUAUCUGCCCCGUUCUCUAGCUCUAAAACCCUUUUAAUUUGCAAAUUAACGCUUCAAAGUUCUACUCAGACUCGAUUGAAAAUGUUCAACUUAAGUACCGGAGAAGAUGAUUUGUUCUCUCGGCGCUUCGUUUGGGUCAACGGGCCGGUGAUAGUCGGCGCCGGCCCGUCGGGGCUUGCCGUGGGAGCCUGCCUGAGAGAGAAAGGUGUGCCGUUCGUGGUGCUCGAAAGAGCCGAUUGCAUUGCGUCUCUGUGGCAAAAGCGGACGUACGAUCGCCUGAAGCUUCACCUUCCGAAGCAAUUUUGCCAGCUCCCGAAGCUGCCGUUUCCCGACCACUUCCCGGCGUACCCCACCAAGAAGCAGUUCGUCGACUAUCUGGAAUCCUACGCCAAGCACUUCGACAUCGACCCGCAAUUCAACGAGUGUGUGCAGUCGGCCAAGUACGACGAGGCUUGCCGGAUAUGGCGGGUCAAGACCAUUUCCACCGCCGGCGCUGCUCGCACCGAGGUAGAGUAUAUUUGCCAGUGGCUCGUCGUGGCCACUGGAGAGAAUGCCGAGAGCGUGGUGCCGGAGAUUGAAGGGCUGAAUGACUUCGGUGGCGAAGUUAUUCACGCUUGCGAGUACAAGUCCGGCGAGAAGUUCGCAGGAAAAAGAGUGCUCGUUGUGGGUUGUGGCAAUUCCGGCAUGGAACUGUCUCUUGAUCUCUGCAACCACAAUGCCAAGCCUUCGGUGGUCGUCAGAAGCUCGGUUCAUGUAUUGCCGAGAGAAAUUUGUGGGAAAUCGAUGUUUGAAUUGGCGAUGCUGAUGAUGAAGUGGCUGCCUCUCUGGCUAGUCGACAAGAUCCUUCUGGUUCUGGCGUGGCUCCUUCUCGGAAACAUUGAGAAAUACGGGCUGAAAAGGCCAUCCAUUGGUCCGCUGGAGCUCAAGAACACUCAAGGCAAGACCCCUGUUCUGGACACUGGCGCCCUGCAGAAGAUCAGAUCUGGCGACAUCAAGGUGGUCCCGGGAAUCAAGAGAUUUUCCGGCGACAUGGUCGAGCUCUGCAAUGGCGAAAAGCACGAAAUCGACUCGGUCGUCCUCGCCACUGGGUACCGCAGCAACGUCCCUUACUGGCUUCAGGAAACCGAAUUCUUCUCCAAAAAUGGCUUCCCAAAGACGCCAUUUCCAAACGGGUGGAAAGGGAAGGCUGGGCUCUAUGCUGUGGGGUUCACACGAAGAGGGCUUUCCGGCGCAUCGGCAGAUGCCACUAGAAUAGCCCAAGACAUUGGCAGGGUUUACAAAGAAGAUUUGAAGCAGAAGAUGCAGAAAGUUCCCACCCAUCGCCGCUGCAUUUCAACCUUCUGAUGAUCACUGAAUUAAGAAUCCUUAAUUUGUCCCUUCUACGUAGUUAACGGAUGUAUAGACAAACAUUAAGAAAUGUAAAAAAAAAAAAAAGAACAAAA